AUGAAGAACCUGUUCAAGAGCAAGAUCAAGUGGCAGCACCGGUCCAACGACCCCGCCUCCUCGUCGCAGCCGCAGUCGUCGGCGACCCCGCCGGCGAGCUCCCCGUCGGGGACGGCUCCGGCGCCCGCGUUGUCCUCCGCCGCGGCGACGCCGACGGCCUCCGCCCCGUCCCCUUCCGCCCCGGUGGCGACGACGCCCAUGGCGGGGGUUGGUGGUGGAGGGGGAGGCGCAGCGGGCGGGGACGACUACAUGUACUCGGAGGAGGAGUUCCAGAUGCAGCUGGCCAUGGCGCUGUCGGCGUCCAACAGCGACUGCGCGGGGGACCGGGACAGGGACCAGAUCAGGGACGCCAAGCUCAUGAGCCUCGGCGGGGGCGACCGCUUCGCCGCCGGCCGGGACGACGGCCACACCGCCGACUCGCUCUCCCGCCGAUACUGGGACUACAACUGCCUCGAUUAUCAUGAGAAAGUUGUCGAUGGUUUCUACGACAUAUUUGACCCCUCCAUGGAGUCCUCUAGGCAGGGGAAGAUGCCAUCACUAGAAGACCUUCAAACAGGCAUUGGGGACCUGGGCUUUGAAGUCAUCGUAAUCAACCGUGCAGUUGAUACUGCCUUGCAGGAGAUGGAGCAAGUGGCGCAAUGCAUCUUGUUGGACUUCCCUGUUGCAAACAUUACACUCCUAGUGCAAAGGAUAGCUGAUCUUGUUACAGAUAAUCUAGGUGGACCUGUGAAAGAUGCAAAUGCUAUGCUUGCAAGGUGGUUGGAGACAAGUACUCAGCUGAGAACCUCACUACAUACUAGCUUGCUGCCAAUUGGCUGCAUUAAAUUAGGGUUGUCUCGUCACCGUGCCCUACUUUUCAAGAUUCUUGCUGAUAGUGUUGGCAUUCCAUGCAAACUUGUCAAAGGGAGUAAUUACACUGGUGAUGAGGAUGAUGCUGUUAACAUAAUAAAGGUGGACAAAGAAAGGGAGUUUUUGGUAGAUCUGAUGGCUGCUCCUGGUGCUCUUAUUCCAGCAGAUGUCUUAAGUUGGAAGGGCAGUUCGUCAAAUUCUAACCAUAAACUUGGCCAGAAAUCUGGACUGAAUCAAAUGGCUGGGUCAUCAAGUACCAUUUAUCCUACUCUGGGUGCCAAUGCAUUGCCACUUGAACAUAAAGGUAACCAGCUACCUUUGUUAAACAGCGGUGAUUGGAUAUCGGCCAGUCAAUCUGGAUACGAGAAAGAGGCGGCCAUAACACAUUCACAAACCUCUUCCAGUGGUACACCAUCUGUUACUGCUGCAGAUGUUUUUGAUGGUUCUUGGACAUUAGUUCCUCAUGCGCAAUCGGACGAGCCGUCUACUUCUGCUGGUACAUCGUCACAGCAUAAAGUUGUACCCCCAGGUGGAGAACAUCCUGGGGCCGGGAAUAUAAAACUAAGCCCAGGUCACCAGGAAAAUACAGAGUCCAAUAACCUAUUUGCUGAGCUUAAUCCUUUUGGGCGUAUUGAGCCAAAGAAAGCUUCAGUACCAUUCAACGGGCCAGAUAAUAGAAACAACGAGUUACAAAGGCGUAGAGAAAAUGUAGUCCCUAGCACUGGAAGGCCACAGCAAAGAUUGGUUAUGAAAAACUGGUCCCCUUACAAUGAUGUUUCCAACAACAAGCAGUACAACUAUGUUCAGGACUCAUUUGCACGUAGAAAUGUUGGUGAUAAUGUUGUAUCAUCGCCGCAGGUGCCACGAUCUGCUGCAAAUAAUAUUAAUCUUAAUAUUGGAGCACGCAAUGAUGGAUCACAUGCAGUGUCAGCUCACAAUAAUGACAGUUUUAUGGCUGGUUCCUCUGCCAUGAAGAUGCCUUCUGUAGCUGAGAUUGGGAAGGCUGCUGAAAUGGCUAUGCGUGGUGAUUUGAGCAAAGGUCCUACAGGUUCUAGACUGGAGGAUCAACCACCAUUUGGAAGACACAAAUGGGGUGAUUCUACUGAACGAAGGGUUCCGACUAAUUCAGUUCAGAACCAAGCAAAAGAACGUGAAACUAACUUCGACGGAAAGCAAGACCAUAAGAAGUUGCCUCCUGAUCCAAAGAAAUCUCCACUUGACAGAUUCAUGGACGUGUCGAUGCCAUCAAGAAAUUCAGAAUCUGUUUCACCAUCCUCUGCCAGGUCACACAGGCUUGAUUGCGUGUUCGAUGAUGUUUCUGAAUGUGAAAUUCUCUGGGAAGAUCUUGUGAUUGGUGAACGGAUUGGCUUAGGUUCAUAUGGUGAGGUAUACCGUGCUGAUUGGAAUGGAACAGAAGUAGCUGUGAAGAAAUUCUUGGAUCAAGAUUUCUAUGGCGAUGCUUUGGAUGAAUUUCGAAGUGAAGUGCGGAUUAUGCGUCGACUGCGUCAUCCAAAUAUCGUUCUCUUUAUGGGUGCUGUUACACGCCCUCCAAACUUAUCUAUUGUAUCUGAGUAUCUUCCAAGGGGAAGUUUAUAUAAGAUCCUUCACCGUCCUGGCUGCCAAAUUGACGAGAAGCGUAGGAUUAAGAUGGCCAUUGAUGUGGCCAAGGGCAUGAAUUGCCUGCACACUAGUGUACCAACAAUUGUUCACCGGGAUCUUAAAUCACCUAACUUGCUGGUCGACAAUAAUUGGAAUGUCAAGGUUUGUGAUUUUGGACUUUCACGCUUGAAGCACAGCACAUUUUUAUCAUCCAAAUCAACUGCUGGAACUCCUGAGUGGAUGGCACCUGAGGUCUUGCGGAAUGAGCAGUCAAAUGAAAAGUGCGAUGUCUACAGCUUUGGCGUCAUCUUGUGGGAGCUGGCAACACUAAGAAUGCCGUGGGGUGGGAUGAACCCGAUGCAAGUCGUGGGAGCGGUUGGCUUCCAGGACCGAAGGCUUGAUAUCCCCAAGGAAAUCGAUCCUCUAGUCGCUAGGAUCAUAUGGGAGUGCUGGCAGAAGGAUCCGAAUCUGCGCCCUUCAUUUGCGCAGUUAACAACUGCUCUGAAGACGGUCCAAAGGCUUGUCGGCCCCUCUCCUCCGGAGACGCAGAGCCCCCCUGUGCCCCAAGAGAUCUGGGUGAACUCCUCUACCCCAUGA